AAAACACUCUGGAUUCAAGAAUUCACACGUUCCACAAAGACCUAACAUCAGCGUUCCAGUUAAAAAUCCAAGUUUUGGCCCGCGUUUGCUCGUCUUCUUCUUCGUCUUCUUCUUCUUCUUCUCUCCUCCGCCGCCCCGCCCCUUUCCUCCUUCUCCCCCACCUACUCCUCCACCUCAUCCUUCCUCUUUAUAUUCCAAUUCCUUCCUCUCUAGAUUCCCCUACCCCUCAUGGGUUCAAUGGCCACUCCAAAUCAAGAUCAACAUCACCAAAAGCAUCAUCUUCAACCUCUGGCGCCGGCGCCGGCACCGGCACGCCGACUCCCAGACUUCCUCCAAAGCGUAAACCUAAAGUACGUGAAACUCGGGUACCAUUACUUAAUAACGCAUCUAAUCACUUUCCUACUCUUCCCUCUCAUCGUCAUCAUCCUCCUCGAAGCCGCCCGCACCGACCCCGAUGAACUCCGUCAGCUCUGGCUCCAUCUCCAGUACAACCUUGUCAGCGUCCUCGUCUUCUCUGCUAUCCUCGUCUUCGCCUCCACCGUCUACAUCAUGACCCGCCCCCGCGCUGUUUUUCUUAUUGACUUCGCUUGCUACCGCCCUGAACCCCAUCUCAAAGCUCCGUUCCUUGCGUUCAUGGAGCAUUCCCGGCUGUGCGGCGAGUUCAAUGAGUCAGCGCUUGAGUUCCAGCGCAAGAUCCUUGAGCGCUCUGGUCUCGGGGAAGAAACCUAUUUUCCUGAAGCCAUGCACCAUCUUCCCCCCAAUCCAUCCAUGGCUGCCGCCCGUGCUGAGGCUGAGCAGGUGAUGUUUGGUGCCCUAGAUAAUCUGUUUCGCUCCACUGGUGUGAAUCCCAAGGAUAUUGGUGUUCUUGUUGUCAAUUGCUCACUUUUCAAUCCCACCCCUUCGCUUUCCGCCAUGAUCGUUAACAAGUACAAGUUCCGGGGCAACAUCCGGAGCUUUAAUCUCGGUGGCAUGGGCUGCAGUGCCGGCGUCAUCUCCAUCGACCUCGCUCGUGAUCUUCUCCAGGUGCAUGGUUCCUCCUACGCUGUUGUUGUCUCCACUGAGAACAUCACGCAAAACUGGUACUUUGGGAAUCGCAAGUCUAUGCUUAUCCCUAACUGUUUGUUCCGUGUCGGCGGUGCUGCGGUGCUUCUAUCUAACCGCCGUUCUGACCGCCGCCGAGCCAAAUACCGGCUUGUCCACGUCGUGCGCACGCACAAGGGCGCUGAUGACAAUGCGUUCCGCUGCGUGUAUCAAGAGCAGGACGAAGUAGGAAAGGUCGGUGUGUCCUUGUCCAAAGAUCUCAUGGCCAUCGCCGGCGGUGCCCUCAAGACCAACAUCACCACCCUUGGCCCUCUUGUUCUCCCGAUCAGUGAGCAACUCCUCUUCUUUGCCACUCUUGUUGCCAAGAAGCUCUUCAAUGCCAAAGUCAAGCCUUAUAUACCUGACUUCAAGCUUGCAUUUGAUCACUUCUGCAUCCACGCUGGUGGCCGUGCAGUCAUUGAUGAACUGGAAAAGAACCUCCAGCUCUCUCCUGUCCAUGUUGAAGCAUCCCGAAUGACUUUACACAGGUUCGGCAACACCUCCUCGAGCUCCAUUUGGUAUGAGCUUGCUUAUAUUGAAGCCAAGGGCCGAAUUCGGAGGGGUCACCGGAUCUGGCAGAUUGCCUUCGGUAGCGGGUUUAAAUGCAACAGUGCUGUAUGGGAGGCCCUCUGCAAUGUGAAGGCCUCGUCCCACAGCCCGUGGGCAGAUUGUAUCAAUUCGUAUCCCGUUCAGGUUGUUGAUGGGCACAUUGCUUCACAAUAGUAGUAGUUGGCCUCUAAAUAUGUUGCAGUUGAUCUCUGGUUGGAUGAAUCUCUUACAAACAACACCAUCAAAGGGGUAUUCUUCUCCAGUACAUCACGCAUAUCUAUAAUUUAGUUUGCUAUUUAAUUCUUAAGCUAUUUAGUGUGCCAGCAAAAACUGUUCUGAUUCUUCGAUUGUGAUUCUUGUACUUUGAUAGUGUGAAUGAUUUUGGGUCCUUUGUCUUCUUGUGAACUAGUUAAUUCUCACUCUGUUAAAGAGAAGCUUUGCUUCGAUUGUGUGCA